AUGACUGGACAACAGGCUGACUUCCUCCAGCCAAUCACAGGCGAGUCAAGAGCUCAGGCUGAGGUGCUCAGAGCUUCUAUUGAUGAGCUGUUGGUGAUCACCGCGGCGACAGAAGUGACCGAUGGCUACCUGAGGUUCAUGCGCACCAUCCGACAGUUCAACUACACCGUUCAGGUUCUGGGUCUGGGUGAGGAGUGGAAGGGUGGAGAUGUGGCCCGAACCGUCGGCGGAGGUCAAAAGGUUCGAUGGCUGAAGAAAGAACUAGAGAAACACAAAGACAAACAAAACAUGGUCAUCAUGUUUGUGGACAGUUAUGAUGUGAUUUUAGCCAGCGGUCCAGAGGAGCUGCUCAGGAAGUUUUCUCGUUUCUCUCAUCGCGUGGUUUUCUCCGCCGAGGGCUUCUGCUGGCCAGACCAGAGACUGGCAUCCAAAUACCCAGUAGUGCAUCACGGCAAACGCUACCUCAACUCUGGAGGUUUCAUCGGCUACGCUUCUGAGGUUCAUGCUGUAGUGAAACAGUGGAAGUACAAGGACGACGAUGACGACCAGCUGUUCUACACGCGCAUCUACCUGGAUAAAGAGCAGAGGAGGAAGUUCAGCAUCACACUGGACCACAAAUCCCACAUUUUUCAGAAUCUCAAUGGAGCCAUGGAGGAAGUGGUCCUGAAGUUUGAGAAAUCCAGAGUCAGAGCUCGGAACGUGGCCUAUGACACACUUCCUGUCGUUAUCCAUGGCAACGGCCCGACUAAGCUCCAGCUGAAUUAUCUGGGUAACUACGUGCCGACGGCGUGGACGUACGAACACGGAUGUGGGAUCUGUGACGAUGAUUUGCUGGACCUGAACGGUCUGUCUGACGAGGAGAUGCCGCUGGUGCAUAUCGCUGUGUUUAUCGAGCAGCCAACGCCGUUUCUGGAAGAAUUUCUGGAGAGACUCGCAACUUUGAACUACCCACACACACGCUUACGACUCUUCAUACACAACAACGUUGUGUAUCACGAGCAGCACGUGGAGCGGUUCUGGACGCGUCAUCGCUCGCUCUUCCCUGGGGCAAGAAUUGUUGGACCAGAAGAAAACCUCAAACAAGACCAGGCCAGAAACAUGGCAGUCGAGGCGUGUAAGAAGGACGUCUCCUGCGGUUAUUUCUUCAGCAUCGACUCUGAUGUUGCUCUGACCAAUCCAGAUAUUUUGUGGAUUCUUAUUGAAGAAAACAAGGCUGUGAUCGCGCCCAUGCUGUCUCGACACGGCAAGCUCUGGUCGAACUUCUGGGGCGCUCUGAGUCCGGAGGGCUUUUACUCGCGCUCGGAGGACUACAUCGACAUCGUCCAGAGCAAGAGAGUAGGUUUGUGGAACGUUCCCUACGUCACUCAGGUCUAUCUGAUCCGCGGAGAGACUCUGCGCUCGCGUCUGGCCCCCGUUUCUCUCUACCAGCAGGAGGGCAUGGAUCCAGACAUGAGCUUCUGCAAGAGCGUCCGCGAGCAGGGCAUCUUCAUGUUCGUGUCCAACAGGGAUGAGUUCGGCCGUCUCAUCUCCUCCACCAAUUACAACAUCAGCCGUCUUCAUCCGGACAUGUGGCAGAUAUUCGACAACCCAGUGGUGAGAGAUUCACACGUGAAGCACAUGAGUGCAGAGACACGCACGUGAGCGCAGACUAACCCU